AUGGCCCUGAAUCCGUCCGACGGCUUCGCCGCCGGCAACGGGGUGCUCGACCUGGACGACGCCGCCGCGUUGCCCAUGUUCAUCGUCGAGCGAGUCCAGCUGCAGUUCUCCAUCGCCGCCGACUUCGUCGCCGCCCAAGUCGCGAACAACGUCCUCGUUCUGGCGCUCUCGAACGGGCGCAUCCUUCGCAUCGACCUGAACAGGCCCGAAGACAUUGAUGACAUCGACCUACCGAAGAAACCCGCCGAAAUUGGCGUCAUUCGCCGCAUGUUUCUCGACCCGACAGCUUCACAUCUCUUGAUAUGCACGGCGCUCGGGGAGAACUACUACCUCCACUCUCAACACAAGCAUCCUCGAGCCCUCGCCCGCCUGCGGGGGGUCUCGAUCGAGAGCGUCGCCUGGAACCCUUCGCUGCCGACCGCUUCGACCCGGGAGAUCCUUCUCGGUGCAUCCGACGGAAACAUCUACGAGGCAUUCAUUGAGACGACCUCGGAGUUUUAUAAGAAAGACAUCAAGCUCAAGAACCUGCACAAGCUGCCGGAUGGACCCAUCACGGGCCUUUGGGCCGACACCCUCCCCGGCCGGGCAGACAUGCGGCGGGUUCUGAUUGCGACGCAGAGCCGGCUGUUCCAUCUGGCUGGCAAGGUCGGCAGCGGCCAUGACAGCGGAGGUUCCAUCUACACCAAGCUUUUUGAGUCGGAGCAGCCCACGAUCCACGAGCUGUCACGCUCGUCUGGUGCUGCCGUGUCCGCUUUGGUUGUCUCACCGGACCCUCCUGAUCAAAACCCGUAUGAGGAUGAGGCACACGAGAGAGCCUACGCGUGGCUCUCGGCACAAGGUGUCUUCCACGGGCAGCUCGCAUCCAGCGCGGAAGGCAGCAAGAUUUUUGCUGAGUCCAGCAUGCUGCCUCGGUCACAGCUUGGCUCGUCCGAGGGGCCAGGCAGACGUAAUAUGACAGCGGACUUUAUUGAGGCGAUUGUGCUGACGCAAUGGCACAUUGUUAAUCUGAUUGGCGGUCGUGUGGUUGCUACGAACCGAUUGACUGGGCAGGUUGUGUAUGACCAAACGGUCUUGGAGCCCGGGCAAAAGGCAGUGAGCCUGUGUGUCGACCUGCAGAAGAAUACUUUCUGGAUGUUCACCAGCCAGGAGAUCUUUGAGGUUGUCGUCAACGAAGAGGACCGAAAUAUCUGGCAGAUCAUGCUUCAACUACAACAGUUCGACGCGGCCUUGCAACAUGCCAAGACGCCACUCCAGAGGGAAACGGUAGCCACUGCUUAUGGUGACUACCUCGUCAAGAAGCGGCAGUUCAUGGACGCGGCAGCAGUGUACGGCCGCAGCAAUAAGCCGUUCGAGGAGGUGGCUCUGACAUUCAUCGACACUGGUGAGCCCGACGCUCUGCGAAAGUACCUCCUGGCUAAGCUGGCCACUCUGAAGAAAGCUGCGGUCAUGCAGCGGAUCAUGAUUGCCAGCUGGCUCGUGGAGAUCUUUAUGGCGAAGCUAAACUCUCUGGACGACACCAUCAUCACGCAGGCUGAGCUGGCGGACGGCCUCAACCCGGCACAGUCUAGGGAGCAGCUUCGAGCCGUCGAGAGCGAGUUCCAGGAAUUUGUGAACAAGUACAAGUCGGACCUCGAUCGCCGGACAGUUUACGACGUCAUCAGCAGUCACGGCCGGGAGCAGGAGCUUUUGCAUUUCGCGAACGCCAUCAAUGACUACAACUACGUCUUGUCAUACUGGGUCCAGCGCGAGCGGUGGGACGAGGUGCUGAAGGUUCUCAAGAAGCAGACCGAUCCGGAGGUGUUCUACCGGCACAGCACGGUGCUCAUGACGCACGUCGCGACGGAGCUAGUCGAGAUCCUGAUGCGGCAUUCGGACCUCAAGCCCCGAAAGCUCAUCCCGGCGCUGCUCGAGUACAACCGCAACUUCGAGGGCAGCUUGCUGCAGAACCAGGCUAUUCGGUACCUCCAAUACGUCAUUAUCCAGCUCAGUUCCAAGGACUCGGCAGUGCAUAACACGCUAAUUUCGAUGUAUGCCUCGCACAGCUCCAAGGACGAGGCUGGCCUGCUGUCAUAUCUCGAGUCUCAGGGGCCCGAGCCCAACUACGAUCCGGACUUUGCACUUCGUCUGUGCAUCCAGCAUCACCGGACGCUUUCUUGCGUGCACAUCUACACUAGCAUGGGCCAGUACCUGCAAGCCGUCGACCUGGCGCUGUCGCACAACGAGGUGGACCUGGCGUCGGUGAUUGCAGACAGACCCAUGAACGAUGCGCCGUUGCGGAAGAAGCUGUGGCUUGCAGUAGCCCGCAAAGUGAUAUCUCAAUCAAACGGCAUCAAGACGGCGAUUGACUUUUUGAAGCGGUGUGAACUGCUCAAGAUUGAAGAUCUCAUCCCUUUCUUCCCCGACUUUGUAGUCAUCGACGAUUUCAAGGAGGAGAUCUGUACGGCGCUUGAGGACUACAGCCGCAACAUCGAUGCGUUGAAGAAGGAGAUGGAUGAGUCGUCGCAGACGGCAACAAACAUCAAGAUUGACAUUGCCGCGCUCGACCACCGGUACGCUAUUGUCGAACCGGGCGAGAAGUGCUACGUGUGUGGGCUGCCACUGCUUAGCCGGCAGUUUUUUGUGUUCCCCUGCCAGCACUCGUUCCAUUCCGACUGUCUUGGCAAGAGGGUGCUUGAGCAGGCCGGCGUCGGCACGAGCAAGAGGAUCCGCGAGCUUCAAGUGCAGAUCAGCAAGGGCCUCGUCAGCGGGGCUAAGAGGGAAGCCAUGAUUACAGAGUUGGAUUCGUUGGUGGCGUCUGCAUGCAUCCUAUGCAGUGAGUUCGCCAUCAAGAGGGUUAAUGAGCCUUUUGUCACGCCGCAGGACAACCUGAACGAGUGGAAGAUAUAG